AUGAAGUUUUCUACCUCCCUCAUUAUCUUGACUUCAGCAGUCACCGGCGCCAUGGCCGAAGGCUGUUAUUCCGGCGGCCAGGCAUGGGCCACCGAUGCCUGCCUGAAUGACUUCAAAAAUGCUAUCAGAGACCUGUGUAACAACGGUGUUCUCGGUGGUUAUUUCAACAAUGGCGGUUACAAGUCAGCUUGCGCCAAUUGCCGGAGCAGUGGUAUUAGGGUGGAUCUUGGUGUGGGCUGGAAGGGCCAAGGCGCAUUAAGCCUAAACAACGGCGACUGCGCUAAGGAACUGAGCGGCCUGCUCGAUCGCUGCUACCGUGGCGGCGAGCACACUAAUGCUGACUGGUAUUUCUAUGCGGACCCUAACACGACUAACAAUGGUCGCUGCUGA